GCACUAAUAAUACAAUAGUGUAGCAACUCAAAAUGUGUCGAAGUUGCCAUAGCAAUAUAAUCAAACGCAAAAUUCAACGCCUUACAAGUCACUAAAACCGUCAUAAGGAUAGUGCAAAAAAUGGAUAAGAGAUGGCGACAUAAGUCUUUAUUCAUGACUCGCCGACUGUCUUGACCCCACCCUUAAUAUUGCGUCAUCUUUAGUUGCGACCAACAGUGAUAGGGGAACGACGUGCCGCUUUGCGCAAUAUUUCGAGUUGCAGCGUUAUUCCUGGAUCAGAUUCAGUAUGCAACGUGGGCGAUUACUUGUUGGCUUGGCAACAAAAACUACAGGACACCAGGAAAAAGAAAACGACGAUACUUUACCAUCAUUAUCGUCACUGGUGAGUACAAACAAUGAAUCUGUUAGCCAAAGAGAAGAUAGUGACAUUGCCAAAGAACAGUCAACACUUUCGUUACCUUCACCAUCUACAAGUAAUCAAGUACUUCAAGAAAUUGACGUCAACAGCUCCCCGAAUUUGGUCAGUAAUGUUGAAUCAGUAACCGAAUGUAACCAAAAGAAAUAUUAUAUUUCACCAUUACACUCAGACCAAAGCGACUUUGAUGAUUCUGACCAUGAUCCGCAUUUUAUUCCUAAUUCACAAUCGCCAAGUAAAACCCCUAGUUUGCUUCGAGGCCGACCAACCAUCGAUCGAUCGUCCAGUAGUUCUUCUUCGGGAAGCUCUUCAAGGAGUAGCUCUUCUUCAAGUGGAUCUUCUUCCAGUAGCUCUUCAUCGAGUAGCACGGAUAAUAGAGUUGUCGAUAACUUAAGUCCCAUUGCUGGAACCAGUGGGCUGACUGCUGAAUCAAAUGAUAAUUCGGACGAGCAAUACAAGUCUAAGGGUAAAAAGAGGGCACGUAAAGUAGAAACCUGGAAACACAACGUGGCCAAACGGCUACGCAAUACCGGCAAAGCUUAUGAAUCAACUAGUAAAAAACAAGUUCCAGCAAGGAAAAUGGGACCGACGUGUGGCGAAAAAUGCAGGUUAAAAUGUAGCUUGAAAAUAAACGAGACAUCAAGACUGGAUAUUUUCAACAAGUAUUGGAAUUUGGGAGACUUACGAAAACAAAGAGAAUUUAUAAUUAGACAUAGUACAUCUAUUAAACCAAAAUACAGAUACUCAUCUACUCAAAAUUUUCGUAAACUAAACACAGCAUUUCAUUUUCAAGUAAACGACGAUCACAUUAGAGUCUGUAAAACAUUUUUUAAGAAUACUCUUGCAAUAAACGAUAGACCAAUUGCUACAGCAUUAGCAAAAAAAACCGAGAGUGGUUUAAUAGAUGAAGAAUUACGCGGGAAACAUGGCAAGCAACGUACUAUAGAACCGGAAGUCUAUGACGGUGUAAAAAACUUUAUAAAUGCUAUACCACGCGUCGAAUCCCACUAUCUUAGAGCCCAGACGUCACGGGAAUAUAUACAGGGUGACAAGUCUUUAGCUGAUUUAUACCGUGACUACAAAAGUAAAUGUACGGAGCAAGACUUACCAUUUUCGUCUGCAUCAACUUUUAAUCGCAUUUUUAAUAAAGACUUUAAUAUUUCCUUCCACACGCCGAAAAAAGAUCAGUGUGAUUUUUGUGAAUCUUUUAAAAAUGCUGAUGAAGAUGGAAAAAAUAAUAUUAUUGAGGUGUAUGAAACGCAUUUAAGAGAAAAAGAAUUGUCAAGGAAAGAAAAAGAAAAAGACAAAACUGCUAAAAUAGAUUCUACAAUAGUCGCUGUAUAUGACUUACAAGCUGUGAUGCCAAUACCAAAGGGCCAAAUUUCUUUAUUUUAUUAUAAAAGCCGAAUUAACUGCUUUAAUUUUACUGUAAGCGACUUAUACGCUAAAAAUGUUGAAUGCUAUUUUUGGGACGAGACAGAGGGAAAACGUGGUGCGAAUGAGAUUGGAAGUUGUAUACUGAACUACAUAGAACAAAUGAUACAGGUUCACCCUGGUAAAGAAUUAGAUUUUAUAUUUUAUUCCGAUAAUUGCUGUGGGCAACAAAAAAAUAAGUACCUCCUUACAGCUUAUGCAUACGCAGUACAAAAAAUGAAAGUGAAAAGUGUAACUCACAAGUUUCUGAUUCGCGGCCACUCUCAAAAUGAGGGCGAUAAUGUCCAUAGCGUCAUUGAAAAACAAGUGAAGCGUUUCCUUAAAUCUGGCCCAAUCUAUGUCCCACAACAAUACAUCACAUUAAUUCAGACCGCUAAAAAGACAGGAAAACCUUAUAGAGUGACAGAAAUGACUUAUGAUAAAUUUCGUAAUCUUAAAUUACUACAAGAAGAAUGGGGCAAUAAUUUUAACGUAAAUGUCGACAGAAACCAAGUUAAAUGGCACGAUGUUAAGAUGCUUCGUGUUGAACAAGAACAUCCUUUGGCUUUUUUUUACAAGAAUUCUUACGAGGAUGAAGCUUACCAAACUGUAUUUGUACGUAACUCACGACGAACUGGAAAUCAAACUUCAUUAUUUGCUAAUGGUUUGACACAAGAAUACACAAGCAAGAUACCUCUAAGUCAAAAUAAGAAAAGAGACGUAAAAGAAUUACUUGACAAAAAUAUAAUACCAAGAAACUAUCGUGAAACAUACUAUAAAGAUUUUACUGAUUAAAAAAAUAGUAUUAUUUUUGUAUUUGUAUACUCCACUUAAUAUUAAGAUUACCUUUGUGAUUUCUUUGAGACUGAUUGAAAAUAAGAAGAUAAUAAAUAAGCACAUUUUUUAAUGUAGGUUAAGUAGCCAAUCUGGUUAUAACAAUAAUUAGUAAUUAAGGUAAAAAUAAAUAUGACUGUUCUUUGUUUUGGAAUGUUUAUUUUAUAAAAAGUUGAUUGAGUACAAUAUUUAGUUGAUUUUAUAUCUGAUUUGUUAAUCUGAAUUACAGUUUAGGUUUUGGAAAUUUUAUUUUGCAAAAUGUUUAAUACAAAAUGCUAAUGAAGGAAUAGCAAAUUUAUUUGUUUUUGAUGUUGAAUUGAUAUCGACCGAUUAAACGUCGAAUUACUAUUUUGUUUUGGCAGAAUUUUAAAAGGUUUUUGUAUAAUUUCAUUUUAAUAAAUAACAACUGUUAUUGAGAAUAAGAAUGUUUUAUUUAUUCCCAUACUAACCAAUAAUUAUAAGAGGUUGUGUUAAACGUAAAUAGAAUACGGAAAAUGACUUUCAAAAUUGUAGUAAGUGCAAAAAUUAAAUGAAAAACGAUAAAACAAUUUAAAAAUCAUAACGUAUUAAGACAAAAUGUUUCAAAAACAAUGACUCAACUUAAAAUAAUAUUUUGUUUUGAACAUUUUAUUUAGAACUAUACUGUCUUAACUCAAAAUUCUUAAAUAACUCUAUGGUCAGUAUAGUUUUUGAUUACUGCUUUAUAGAUAAUUGCUUUAACGUCAUUUAUACGACACAUAAAAGAGUCAUAUAUGUAGUACCUAUAAUAUGCAACGAGUAAUCAGUUUUUUGUUGAUUCUGAAAAAACACCUAUUUUGAGUUGCUACACUAUUGUAUUAUUAGUG